AUGCGGGAUCGGUGUGCGCAGAUGGACGAGAGUCCCGGCAGUCGCCUGCAGCGAGAGAGCGCCGCCGCGUGGACUUCCUCCACCGACGGCCCCAGCUUCCUGCGCCAGAUUGUGCCCGCUGACUCGUCCAGCGACGCUGCUGACUCAGCCAACGGUGCUGCUGACACCUCGUCAGCGACUUCCGCAUCCGUAUCUCCAUCGCCUGAAACCAAGCAGUCCUCUGCUACUGCUGACUCCAGUGACACGGCCACAUCGCCUGGCAAGGGCACUAAAAGUGAGAACAAGCAGUCAGACCCAAAGCCGUUACAGCAGCAGCCGCCGCAGCAGCCGGAGGAGCAGCCGCAGCAGCAGCAGGCGGCGUCAUUCGGGCAGGUGCUACCCACUCAGGGUGACCUGGCGUCGCUACCCGACUGCACGCGGCAGCUCGCGGCGUUCCCCAAGCUGAACCGCUCCGACGAGGCUGUGAGGCGCUUUGCCUGCAUCGCCGACACCUACCUUCACCCCUGGAUGGGCUCGAGUUUGGUGAAGAAGGGCGGUGUAGGAGGGGCGGCGGAGGAGGAGGGGCCACGUGGCAUCAUCUCACAGGCCAUGCUGCAAUACGUGGCGUCUGAACCCGGGUUCAUGUCAUGUUCGGGUCACAUCCGCAUCAUUGACGGGCAGGUGUACUUCCGCUACGGGGGCUUCCACUACCAGUGGGACCGUCUGCACCGCUUUGUGCAGUCCGUGAAGCUCAUCCAGGCCGCUAUCCGCCACUACUCCCUGCUCGCCCUGCGUGCCGAGUUCUUCCUCUCCACCUGCGACCUCCCCAAGAGCUUUGAUAGCUCGCUGAGUGGGAUCUUUGGCGGGCGGCCCAUCUUCAGCACGGAGUGGCUGCCGGGCACGCUGGAUAUCAUCGUGCCUGACCCGCUGGAUUUAUCGGAGAGCUACCAGGCUGGCAAGGACGCCAAGACCCCCUGGGAGCAGAAGGCGAGCAGGGCGGUGUUCAGGGGCGGCUUCACCAACUUCAAGCUGGGCCCCGACCACCGCUGGCGAGUCAGCCCGCGCUAUCGCCUCCACCGGUCAGAUUCCCUCCACGCUCGCCCACGCCCUCCCACGCCCGCACACGCCCGCCCAUACCCUCCCAUGCCUUGCCCUACCCCUUUUCCCGCCCAUACCUUCCACCUCUCGUCCGGCUUUGCUUGCUUUCUUGUGUUUCCUCUUGCCCUCAAUCGUCGGACAUUCAGCCACGCUGUGCUCUUCCCUCCCGCACUUGCUCUCUCCCUCGCUUCCCCCACUCUCACGGUUCCAUCCCAUGGGGCGAUGGGAGACGGGUUGAGUGAGGCGGCCAAGAUGGAGAAGGCGGAGUCGCAGCGCUUCAAGUACGAGGUCGUUGUGGACGGCGGCGCUGGCUCCUGCCGCACCUGCGGUGUGCUGGGGAGUGACCAGGCCAUGAUUCGGCAGGACACGCCCUUUGCACAGUUCUACCAGCCGCUGCUGCAGCCGUGGCGGCACUUCAUCCCCACGGACCACUUUUUUGGGGACCUCUUUGACCGCGUCGAGUGGGCGAGACAGCACGACACCCAAGUGCGACACAUGAUUGCCAACGCGCACCGCGUUGCCAAGUGGGGGUGCUCCCUGGAGGGCCGAAAGCUCUACUGGGCGGUCCUCCUCGUCAAGUACGCCGCCCAGGCCCUCGAAGACCCCUCCGCAGUCACCCGCCCGGACGUCGUCUCCACAUGCCCUGCGCCGCCCGCUAAGGACCGCAUGCGGCCGGCGCAGGAGGAGAGUGAGAUUGUGAGGCCGGAGGCGGGGUGGCCGCCGGUGUGUGCGGAUAAGGACGUGGCACGGGUGAAGCAGCCGCCCUGCACUUUCUUCUGUGUGAAAGGACCCAUGCCACGCAACAGGCAGGUCUGGCUCAAUGCGGACCUCUUUGACUCGGUUGACUUUGUGGGCCCGCAUGUCGCUGACAUGGACGAGUAG